AUGGAUAUUGGUACAGUGAGGGAUAUCAUUGACAGAGGUUUGGCACAAAGUGGCAGACUUGUUAGAGUGAGAGCUGUUGUUCCAGACGUUCCAGGUCAAUUGGCUAAGGUUUUGACACUACUCGGUGAAUUGAAAGUUAACAUUAGAGAAGUUGACCACGAGAGAACUGAAAAUGUUCCAGUCGGCUUCACAGCAACAAUUAUUACAUGUCAAACCAAAGGUUUUGAACACAUUGAACUCGUAAAGGAACAACUCAGUAAGAAACAAUUCACUUUUGAAAUCCUCACUGCUCACGUCAUUUAA